AUGGAGCUUGGAGCUGUAAACCUACCCACUUCCCUUGAAGACGUAAGGAUCACGAAGCUUCCGCCUUCUGCGUUUUACAUUGCGGACUUCAUAUCCGAGGAGGAAGAGCAGGCCAUCUUGCAAAAGAUAGCUGAUGCCCCGAAACCCCGCUGGAAACAACUGACUCAUCGCCGUCUCCAAACAUGGCCGUCUGAUCUCGUUCAGAACAAGCUGAUCGAUGCUCCAUUGCCACCAUGGCUACAAGAGCCCGUCGUCUCGCGAAUUCUUUCCUUGCCUCGCGCCACUGCUCCUGAUUCGUCCAACCUCUUCAGCGAAAGCCCUCACCAACGGCCGAACCACGUGCUGAUAAACGAGUAUCCUCCAGGAGUCGGAAUCAUGCCUCAUAAGUUAAGUACAUGCAAAGAGGACGGUGCGUUGGAUCCGGAGCCUGUGUGGCGCAUUCUUCAAGAGCCCAGGAGCCUACUCAUCACCACCGAUGACCUUUACACCGAUUAUCUCCACGGCAUUGCCGACACUGACGAAGACGUCGAGUUAUCCGCCGAUUCCAUUGUGAACUGGGACUUGUUGCGAUCCAAGGAUCAUUAUGCCACCGGCCGAAACGUGCGCGCAACCAGAACAAGCCUCACAUACCGAGAUGUCAUGCAAGUGUCGAAGCUCGGGGCCAAGUUUGGCCUGUUUGGAAAGAAGUGA